AUGCAAGAUGCAAUGUCAUCAGUAUCGAAACAGACCAUUUCACCUCCAGAAAAUUUGUUACAUGAAUCUUCUAGGUCUGAAUCUACUCCAUCAGUAACAAAAUCUCAUGUUUUGAAUACUCCAGAAUUGUCAUCACCAACAUCAAGUUCUAGUCCAUCACCAACGCACCGUCCAUCAUUAUUAAUAUUAAACAACAGUGACAAAAUGCCUGUUUGGUUUGAGAAAUUUGAAAUAUUGAAAAAAAAACAAAUAGAAUUUAAUAAUGAAAACACAGCACAACUCCAUGAACGAUUAGACAGACUGGAAAAGAGAGAAGAGAGUAUGAUACAAGUACAACAGCAGCUUCUAAGUAAGUUAGAUACUGCGAAUGAAAUUGAAUUACAAAAGUUGGAAAUGUUUAAGAAAAUGUUCAACAAACCCUAG